GAAUGAGUGUGGCUUUUGUGUGCGCGUGUGAGAGAGAGAGAGAGGGUGAGGGAGAGGGAGAGGGAGAUCUUCAUUGAUUAUGCCUAUAAAUUGUUGGAGGCUGACUGCGGGAGUUCCAUAUGUCUCGGGAAACGGAAGAGUAAUCCACAGGUUCACAUCCAACCAUGUAGGAAGUGUGCUCUUCUCCCACCACCAGAACUCAGCAAAACACAUUUUCUCUGUACCCAAGUUCAAUCAGAGUUAUUCUUCUUCAAUAAUAGAGGAGCAGAAAAAUCUGGGCGUUGCAUCUGCCGAGCCAGAAAUUUUUUACAAGGAACUGGAUGUUGCUGUCAGAGCUGUACAAAUGGCAUGUUCUCUUUGCCAGAGAGUGCAAGACAGUUUGAUUUCCAAAAGCAAAGAUCAGGUCCACUCCAAGGAUGACAGUUCUCCUGUCACUAUUGCAGAUUGGAGUGUCCAAGCAGCUAUCAGCUGGUUACUCUCCGAGUCUUUUGGGAGAAAAAAUGUGUCCAUUGUUGCUGAAGAAGAUGUUAAAAAACUCUCCAAGGCUGAUGCAUCUGGACUUUUAGCAGCUGUAGUGAACACUGUGAAUGAAUGUCUAGCUGAAGCGCCUCGAUUUGGAUUUCAAGGUCCAGAUAUGGCUCUUGGGACCUCAGACGUGCUUGAAGCUAUCAGUCAUUGCAACUCAUCUGGGGGUCCUACCGGAAGAUUUUGGACACUUGACCCUGUUGAUGGAACCCUGGGGUUUGUGCGUGGGGAUCAAUAUGCUAUAGCUCUAGCCCUGAUAGAGGAUGGAGAAGUUGUGCUUGGAGUUCUUGGGUGUCCGAAUUACCCAAUGAGAAAGGAAUGGCUAAGUUAUCAUCACCGAUGUCAUAGAAUUAAAACUAGGUUGACUCCACCAACAUCUGAUUCUUGGCACCAAGGUUUAGUGACUUAUGCUCUGAAGGGCAGUGGCAGGGCUUGGAUGCAACCACUGCUUCAUGCUAAUAAGAAGUUUGUGUGGCCAAACUCUGCAAGGCCAGUUUGCGUUUCUUCCAUUGAUGAUCCAGCAUUAGCAACAUUUUGUGAACCAGUGGAGAAAGCAAAUUCAAGCCACUCCUUCACAGCAGGACUAGCUCACACCAUGGGGCUUAGGAAGCAACCACUUCGAGUAUACAGUAUGGUCAAGUAUGCUGCUAUAGCUCGUGGGGAUGCUGAGAUUUUUAUGAAGUUUGCAAGGGCUGGCUACAAGGAGAAAAUAUGGGAUCAUGCUGCAGGAGUUGUUAUCAUACAAGAGGCGGGUGGUGUGGUAACAGAUGCCGGAGGACACCCACUUGACUUUUCAAAGGGAAUCUACCUAGAAUGUCUUGAUCGAGGUGUAAUUGCAUCUGCUGGAGCCAAACUACAUGACAAGAUCAUCAGAGCUGUUGAUGCUAGCUGGGACUCCUCUAGUCUUUAAGAUUUUUGCCAUUUAGCAUCGAUGGGAGAACACAGAAUACUACAUGAUUUGACAGGGUCAGGAAAAUUUGUAACCUUCAUUUUCUUUAAGGAAAAUGAUUUAUGGAAAAUGAUUCACACAACAUUUUUCACAAUACUUUAUACAAUUAUAUUUUAAAUGAGGGGUAUUUUUGUAAAACAUUUUAUAAAAGUUACAUUACUUUAUAAAAAUAUUCUUAUCUUACAA